CGCUGCAGUAUGUGGCCCCGCCCCUCCCCAUUAACGGCAAAAUGGCGACUGAGAGCUGUGAUGCUGUGAACACGGACUCUGACAUGGAACUGCUCAGUGACGAGGAAUUAGAAAGGGAAGCAGAGGGCUUCAAGGAGCAAGGCAAUGCCUUUUAUAUCAAGAAGGAUUAUGCAGAAGCAUUCAAUUAUUAUACCAAGGCCAUAGACAUGUGUCCGAAGAAUGCAAGUUACUAUGGAAACCGGGCAGCCACGCUAAUGAUGUUGGGUCGGUACAGAGAGGCUUUAGAGGAUUCCCAGCAAGCAGUUCGACUAGAUAACACCUUCAUGAAGGGCCAUCUGCGAGAGGGCAAGUGCCACCUGUCCCUCGGCAAUGCUAUGGCUGCCAGCCGCUGUUUCCAGAGGGUUCUGGAGCUGGAGACUGACAACUGCCAGGCCCAGCAGGAGCUGAAGAAUGCAGAAUCCAUCCUUGAAUAUGAGAGAAUGGCAGAGAUUGGAUUUGAGAAGAGAGACUUCAGGAUGGUUGUUUUUUGCAUGGACCGUGCCUUGGAGUCUGCCCCAGCUUGUCACAGAUUCAAGAUACUGAAGGCAGAGUGCUUAGCCUUGCUGGGACGCUACCCUGAGGCUCAGUCUGUAGCCAGUGAUAUUCUGCGAAUGGACUCCACUAAUGCAGAUGCGCUGUAUGUGCGUGGUCUUUGUCUCUAUUAUGAGGACUGCAUUGAAAAGGCUGUUCAGUUCUUUGUCCAGGCCCUACGAAUGGCUCCAGACCAUGACAAGGCUCGACUCGCAUGCAGAAAUGCCAAAGCACUAAAAGCCAAGAAGGAGGAGGGGAACAAGGCGUUCAAGGAGGGAAACUUUGAGGCAGCCUAUGAGCUGUACUCUGAGGCGCUAACAAUAGACCCCAACAACAUCAAGACUAAUGCCAAGCUGUACUGUAAUAGGGCCACUGUUGGAUCUAAGCUGAAGAAACUAGAACAGGCCAUUGAAGACUGCACGAAGGCCAUUAAACUGGAUGAGACCUACAUCAAGGCCUAUUUACGGAGAGCACAGUGCUAUAUGGACACAGAGCAGUAUGAAGAGGCAGUGAGAGACUAUGAGAAGGUUUACCAGACAGAGAAGACAAAAGAACACAAGCACCUCUUGAAAAAUGCCCAGCUGGAGUUGAAGAAAAGCAAGCGGAAAGAUUACUAUAAAGUGCUUGGAGUGGAUAAAAACGCCACAGAAGAUGAGAUCAAGAAAGCUUACCGCAAACGAGCGCUUUUACAUCACCCAGACCGUCACAGCGGAGCGAGUCCUGAGGUGCAGAAGGAAGAGGAGAAGAAGUUUAAGGAGGUGGGCGAGGCUUUCAGCGUACUUUCAGAUGCAAAGAAGAAGUCUCGCUAUGACAGCGGUCAGGAUCUGGAGGAUGAUGGCAUGAACAUGGGAGAUUUUGAUGCCAACAACAUUUUCAAAGCAUUCUUUGGAGGCCCAGGGGGGUUUAGUUUUGAAGCAUCUGGACCAGGAAAUUUCUUCUUCCAGUUUGGUUAAUUGGAGGAUUCAUCUACCUAAACAGUUACUACAUCAGGACUUUUCAACAAUGUCAACCCCCUGAUCCACCAUCCGUAUUUAAUGACCGACUGAUUGCAAGUCAGAUUCUUGUCUAUGCCAUUGACCGAAUGCAACCCACAUGCAGCAAAUGAUUUAAAGCCCAUAUAGCAAGAACAUCAAGAAGGCUGAGUUGAUAGUGUUACUGGUUUUGGAUUU